UUAACGCACAAUAAUAUUAUCAAGGACUCAAGCUUCAUUCAUUUUUCCAUGAAAAACAGAGAAAGGUUUAUUCAUAUAAUAUAGAUUCCUAAAUAAAAGAAAUUGCCAACAUACAUUUUAAAAGAAAAAUCCUCCUUAAAACUCUCUUUUCCUUUCAUUUCUAACCAACAAAAGAUAUCAAAAAAGAAAUUUGCAAACAAUAAAAAUGUCCAAAGAUAGGAAAAAUGAUGAUAUACCACCUUUUUAUUAGCAAAAAUCAUCGGAGCCAACUCAUAAUCUUUUUUUUUUUUUUUCAAUUUUCUUAGUGAGAUCUUUGCUAUACUAGGUUAACAAGGGAGAGAUGGUAGAAAGAAAAUGAGAAGAAAAAAAAAAAAAAAAAAAAAAAAAAAAACAAACACCAAAAGAAAAAAAAAAAAUCUAAAUUGUUCCCACAAAUUAAGCAAAAUAAGUCACAAUUUAGAUUUCCCUUUUUGGCGUACAGGAAAAAUCAAAAUCAUAAAGAUAAAUAAAAGUUGAUUAGCCAAUUUUUCCUGUACGCCCCUCUUGUUAACAUUUGUUCCUCAAUCAAGGUGUGCAACCAUGCAUUUUGGUUGCCACUUAAAGAUUUUCAUCAUCAUUGAUGUUCUCCUCCUCUUGAACGUCACGAAACCAUCCUUUUCCGACGACUCAAACGCAGCGAUUGCCAUAGAUUGUGGAGCAACUAGUCAAGGUAAAGAUGGGGAUGGAAGGAAUUGGGAUAUAGAUACAAAGUACCUUUCUUCUCAAGGAAAUUCUCAAACAAUUAAAGCAUCUUUUCAAGAUCCUUCUCUUCCAUCUGAGAUUCCUUAUAUGACUGCUCGGGUAAGUAACUCUGAUAUGUCAUAUAAGUUUCCUAUCAAUUCAACCUCAAGAUAUUUUUUACGUCUACAUUUCUACCCAACAUCCUACAGCUCUUUCAACAUUAGCAACUCGUAUUUUUCCGUGAUUGCGGCCGAUUUUACCCUUCUAAGCAAUUUUAGCGCUGCUGUAACUGCGGAGGCCUUAACCCAGGCUUAUAUAAUUAAGGAGUAUUCUCUUGCUCCUUUGGAUGGGGUUGAUUCUUUAGAGCUCGUAUUCAAGCCAUCGAACAAGCAUGCUGGAUCAUUUACAUUUAUAAAUGGCAUAGAGUUGGUUCCUACCCCAAACCUAUUGGAUUCGGCAAAUUUGUUGGGAUUCUCUGACCAAUCUUUAGAUGGAAAGACUGCAACAACCGAGACAAUAGCAAGGUUAAAUGUAGGUGGAAACUAUAUUCCUCCCACCAAUGAUUCUGGUUUACUACGAACAUGGUACGACGACACCCCUUAUAUAUUAGGGGCUGCGGCUGGUGUUACAUCCUCGGACAAUGACACGAAAGGAGUGCACUACAAAGACAUGCCAAGAUAUAUUGCGCCAAGUGAUGUUUAUAAUACUUGGAGGUCAAUGGGGCCUGACCCAAAUAUUACUCUUAAUUACAAUUUAACAUGGUCAUUUUCCGUUGAUCCAACCUUCACAUACAUUAUAAGAUUACACUUUUGCGAGCACAUAUAUUCCAAGGUGAAUCAAAGGUCGUUCAAUAUAUUCAUUUACAACCAAACAGCAACACCUAGUGGUGCUGAUGUGAUAGCGUGGACUGGAUCGAAGGAUGUCCCCAUCUAUAAGGAUUAUGCAGUGAGUGUUCAAGAUGGAAAAGGACAACAAGAACUUUUGGUAGCUCUUCAUCCAAGGGACGGUGCAGAUAAGCCGGAAUUUUAUGAUGCCAUCCUUAAUGGGUUAGAGAUGUUUAAGGUAAAUGAUGGAAAUAAGAAUUUGGCCGGACCUAAUCCAGCCCCAUCUGAGGCAUUAGUUAAGGCUGAGAAAGAAAAAAGGGAAAAUUUUACAAAAGAUAAGCCUAACAUCAAUGUCAUUGGGGCAGCAAGUGGAGUCGCAGCUGCAUUUGGGUUAGCAACAGUUCUUGCGGUUGUGCUGUAUAAGAAGAAGAGCAAGAUGCCAAGAUUGAAAUCAGGAACAUCUAGUUGGUUGCCUAUCUAUGGUAAUUCUCAUACAUCAGGCAUGAAGUCAACAAUUGGAGGAAGUAGUGUGGCAAGUGCACAACUAUCGACUGAGGCAACUACCAAUUGUCGUCACUUCACUUUGGCAGAGAUAAGAAAAGCGACUAAAAACUUUGACGAAUCACAUGUGAUUGGGGUUGGAGGUUUUGGCAAGGUAUACAAGGGGGUGAUUGAUGGGAGCUUUAAAGUUGCCAUCAAGAAGUCAAACCCAUCAUCGGAGCAAGGAGUUCAUGAGUUUGUUACAGAGAUUGAGAUGCUUUCGAAACUUAGGCAUAAGCAUCUAGUCUCUCUUAUCGGCUACUGUGAAGAAGAUGGAGAGAUGGCUUUGGUGUAUGACUUCAUGGCACAUGGUACUUUAAGAGAGCAUUUGUACAAGGGCAAUAAGAUCAAUCUUACUUGGAAGCAAAGACUAGAGAUGUUAAUAGGCGCCGCUAAAGGUUUGCAUUAUCUUCACACUGGAGCAAAAUACACCAUCAUUCAUAGAGAUGUCAAGACAACUAACAUCUUAUUGGAUGAGAACUGGGUAGCCAAGAUUUCAGAUUUUGGGUUAUCAAAAACAGGCCCUGAAACAAACCAAAACCAUGUAAGUACAGUGGUGAAAGGUAGUUUUGGAUACUUAGACCCAGAAUACUUCAGAAGACAACAACUAACAGAAAAAUCAGAUGUAUACUCAUUUGGAGUUGUGCUUUUCGAGAUUUUGUGUGCCCGCCCUGCUCUUAACCCAAGCCUUCCAAAAGAGCAAGUUAGUUUGGCAGAUUGGGCACGAAGCUCGGUUAGAAAAGGAAACAUAGAUGAAAUCAUUGAUCCUCACAUUAAGGGAACGAUUAAACCCGAAUGCUUAAAGAAAUUUGUAGACACAGCUUUUAAGUGUCUAUCUGAUCAUGGCAUUGAUCGCCCUUCAAUGAGUGACUUACUAUGGAAUCUCGAAUUUUCUCUUCAGCUUCAAGAAAGUGGUGACGCUUCUAAAGCUACUUCAAAUAACGUGAGAAACAACCAAAAUGAUAACAUAAACAUGCACUUGAACACUCUAAAUUUAGAGGAGGAUGAUCAAUUUUCGGCCGCAACAUCAUCAUCAUCUAAUGAGCAAAACUCAAGCACUGCAAUCUUUUCACAAAUUGUCCACCAAACAGGUCGAUGAGCUACUACAAUACGACUAUAUCUUCUAUUAGAGACAUUCAUGAGAAUCAUUGGAACUAUUUACGCUUGAGAUAAUGUCAAUUUAUAAAUAUGUUUUUUUUCACAGGGAGUGAUUAUUAGUCACGCACGUUUCUUUAUAUUUUUUGAGUUUUUUAAAUUCUUCAAAUUAGUUUUUUUUCCUUUUUUUUUUUUUUUUUGACUUUGUAUUUAUCAUCUAUUUACGAUUAAAAAGAAUGACAUUAUUUUCAUCAAUUGAUAUGAUUUUUUGUUUGUAAUGGCACAUGAUAAUGAUUAUUAUCGAUAGAUAAAUAAAAUAUUGUAAUUGAACCUUACAUUACUGACCUUUUCCUCUCAUCUUCCACAAACACUUUCACUGCAUAGAGAUACACAUUUAUGGAACUGAGCCUCUCUACUACAUUUGUCAUCCCAACUCAAGUAGUCUCUUUACAUUCUCAAUCAGAAAUUCAAACUCGAUCCUCGCUUCACACGCUGGAUUACCUUUCAAUCUCCAUAACCAUUAAGUCCUAAUUUUUUAUUGAUCUUCAUCACAAAACUAAAUGCAGAAAUAAUACAUCAAAUGAAAGUUAGCUAUCAUUCUUAACU